AAGCUCCACCAUUGCAAUUGUUGCUUCAACUUCAAAUUUAAAUGCAACUUUUUCAGAGGAUGGUCAUUUCAAGACUUUGGACAGACUGGUACUGACUGCAUUUUACUUGUUGCGAGCUUUCAGCAUUGAUGUUUUGCAAAAACCUGACUAACAUAAGACUAAUUCAGGAUUAUUUGUUUAAGGCUGUGCGUUUAUGCUUUAAUUAGUUUGUAUUUGAACGUGACAGAGCACACUGCAGCUGCAUGUGAAAUAGUUUUGUCGGUAGGCUUCUUUCUCAUAGUCCCACCACCUUUAUUUGGUCCCCGGGGCCUUAUUCAUUAGUUAGCACAGUCUACUUCAUCAGGUUACACGAGGCGAGGCAGCUACGUGACGAUACACUCAUUUCUCAGCACUACUGAAGCCGGGACGGAUGAGAGUUUCACUGCUCUGGAAGUCUUUCUCAGCAUCUUUUCUCCGAGGAUCGUUUUUGGACUUUUGGGUGGAUUUUUUGUCAGACGUGUGUCGGAGACCAACAUCACCUCUGCACCCCGCGGACACCACGAAAUGAAACUCAGCGUUGUCAUCCAGAUUGCGGUGGCGCUUCAACUGCACCUCUCACCUGGACAGAGCAUACCCCUGUCAAGCAUAAACAGCACAACUGAAGUGUUGAUGUUCCAAGAGGUGUGGGGUCGGAGCUUCUGCAGGACCAUCGAGAAGCUGGUGGAGGUGGUGCAGGAGUAUCCUACAGAGGUGGAGCACAUCUACAGCCCCUCCUGCGUGCCCCUGGUACGAUGUGCAGGCUGCUGUGGCGACGAGAAACUGGAGUGCCAUCCCACCCAAACCUCAAACGUCACCAUGCAGCUGUUGAAAAUCAGACCAGCAGAGCAGGGUCAAGAAUAUGUUGAGAUGACAUUUGUGGAGCACCAGACAUGUGAAUGUAGAAUCAGGAAACCCAUUGUGAAACCUGAAAGGAGGAGACCACGAGUAAGAGGAAGGAAGAGAAAGGAUAGACAAAAAGUGAAAGAAUGUGACGGGUGCCAGAUCCCUCGCAGGUAACUGCAGUGGCAACCCAAGCCCCUGUUGCAACAUGGCUCACUAUUUAUUUCCAGCCCAGUGACAGCAUCAAGAGUCUCCACAGCUCAUCUAUCAAUACUGUGUCCGUCUGCAGUGAGACUCAAACAGCUGGGUUGUUCUGGUGGCAGGCCCUCCUGCUGACAGGGAGAGCAGAUUUAAUGACAAAGUUCAACAGGAAGUGCCUUUUUUGAUUGGUGGAAACAGUUCUGUUACACACCUGACACA